AUGAAUAUCUUUAAUAUUNAAUUAUUUUAAAAAGGUAUUUUCAGUGCUGAAUUAAAUAUGGCAUUUCUAUUUUAUUAAACUACUUUAAUCAUUUAAGAUGAUAAAGGCAUGUUGAUGUCAUAAGUUAUUCCAGAGAUGAAAAUUACAAAAAUUUUAUGUAGUUUGGGAUAUAUAUUUAUUGCUACAUAAGAAGGAUUGUUAAUAUUUUGGGUUGAUGUAGGAAAUCAAAUAAUUAUAUUAAAAAAUCAUAUUGAAUAAAAUCAAACUAUUAUUGAUAUUAUUUUAAGUAAAUAAAAUGAAUACAUAUUUUUAUUAAAAGAUGAUGGAAUACAUAUAUAUAGAAUAUUAUUUGAUAAUCAAAAAUAAAUUUAAAUCAAAUAAUAUUCUAUUUUAUCAUUCAUACCUAUUGAAUCUUCAUUUAAUUUUAAUUAAAAUAAUGAUUAAAGUUUUGUUAUUCUUAAAAAAUCAUAAAAAUAAAUAAUUUUGAUAGAUUUAGAGAUUAAUUUAUAAUAAGGUAUAUGGUUUAUAGUAAACUCCCAUAUCCUUAAGAAUUCAGCCUAGAAUUUAGAGAUUAAUAAUAAUUUUGUUAUUAUUAAAGGAUUAGAAACUCAUAGUAUAAUUAAGCAUUCAUAACCUAGUAUUUUUACUGUAUUUAAUAUUCAUAAUAAUAGAAUAUUUUUAAUAAUUAUCCAUUUACAUUAGCACAUACAAUAUAUCUAAAUUUUUAUGAAUCUAAUAUAUAAAAUUCAUAUGAUAAUAUAUUUGGUGUAGAUACAGAUUCAAUAACUUUAUUUUAAAUAGAUUAGAUUUAAGGUAAUAUAGUAUGCUAAACAAAUGACACAAAUUUAAUUGGAUAGGUAUUUAUUUAUUAAUUAAAUUAGAGUUUUUAUUAUUAAAUAUUUAGUAAUUUAAGUGAUUGUGAAUAAAAGUAAUAAUUUAAUUAAGAAAUUCUAAGUAAGGAUUUAAUUGUAUGUUAAUUUAAUACUGAAAUUGGAAUUAAUGUUAUUUAAGAGAAUGCCAAUCAUUUUAAUAGAUAACUUUUGAUAAUGAUAAGUAUUUGUUUGGGAAUAGCUUUAUUCUUUAGUAUUUUAACUUUGAUUUGUUAUGGCAAUAAAACAAGAAAGUAGAUUAAUUCAUAUUAAUAAUAAAUUAAAAAAUAUUAAUAAUUUUAAGGUGAUCAAAAUGACACUAUUCGUACAAAAUAACCUACACCAAAAAUAGAUAACAAAUUUAAGAUUGAUGAAUUUGAAUAAUGA